ACCCCCAUCUUAUUACCGUUGGCAGGCUCCGCCAAGCUCACACUCCCCUUGCGCUCGUUAGCUCGGUCGCGCCGUUUAACCUUCCAUUUUAUCAUUCCGGAGAAAGCGGAGCCAGCCAUGUUCUUGACUUUUGGGACAACCCCGCAGUCCGACUCGGCCGACCCCGAGGUUCAACAACAACAGAACCAGGCCCCGAGUCGGCCGAAGACGAAGAGGGCGCAGGUGGCUCAGGCCUGCGACUGGUGCCGAGUACACCGUACCAAGUGCGACAGCUCGCGGCCAUGUCAGAAUUGUGUCCUCAGAGGAGGGCUUUGCAAGAACACGCGCAGCGGCGAGGUGCGCACGCUUCCACACGCAUUCAGAGAGAUCCAACGACUGACUGCGCGGGUGCACGAACUGGAGGCCGAAUUGGCCGGACAAAAUGCUGGGAGCACAAGCAGUCGCAGUAGCAGCGGUAGCUCGGCUGCUUCCGGCGGCUCUGUUUCGGCCGAAUCACCCGUGACGGCGACGACGACGCCGCCAUCUAUAGCACAUCGACCAUCUUACAGUUCAGAUUUAGAACGACCCGGUCAUGGUACUCGACAACCUGGCGGGAACAACCCACCCAGGAGGCUGUGGGAGGGCGUAUACGCGAGCACCACGCAGGGGUCGCCAAAGCAGUGGUACGGGCCGUCGUCGCUGUUUUACUUCAUCGGACGUAUGGAAACGCACAUGACCCAGGCGCUGCAACAACCGAGCACAGGUCGGACUCUGUGGUUCAACUCGGCCAGCAAAUCCCUUCCUAGUCCCGCUUCCAUGCCCGACCGGGAGGCAGCUGUCGCUCGGGAUAGCAAAGAUGGUGACACGCAAGGCCGGGGACAAAGCCCUAACGGGACUCCUGGCGAAUAUUUGAACGCGUCGCAGGAGGAGUUUUUCCUGAACCUGUUCUGGCAGUCGCAUCACUGCGCGUUGCAGAUCAUCGACGAGGCGACGUUCCGCGAACAUUACAGGUCACUCUGCUUAGAUCCGCCGCCGGGAAGCUUCCGGAAGCCUAGCGCCCUGGUCGACAUCAUGGUGGCCCUUUGCAUGCAGUAUGGCGUGGCAUUUCUUCCUCAGCGCGCGCCCGCGAUGGCUAGCGGCGGCGAGAACAACGACGUGGGCGCCGACGACGGCACUCUCGCCGGAUGGUGGCACUACCAACGCUGCCGGGCCAUCCUGGAGUCCGAGGUGGAGCGGCCAACCGUGUCCACGCUCCAGAGUCUCCUCUUCUGCGUCGUCUAUAUCUGCUGUGCUAGUUUCCAGAACACGGCACACCACCUCUUAGCCAUGGCCGUACGAGUCGGCUACACACUGGGGCUUCAUCUCGAGCCGCCAGAGACCAUGCCGUGGUCGGAGAGAGAGCUGCGGAAACGGCUCUGGUGGACGUUAUUUGUGAACGAAUCGAAAACAUGCAUGAAACUCGGCCGCCCGUGGAGCACCGCCGAGGCCCCGACGCCGUGCAGCUUGCCGGCCGACGACCAUGAAUUGGCGUUGCGGAGCGGCUCCCAGACGGCCUCUAUAACCGUCGGCGGCAGCACGGUUACUUGGCUGACGUAUACACUUCAAACCGUGAAGUUGGUGCUGGCAACCCGGGCUGUAUAUGCUGCCUUUUUUGAUCGGUGUGCCGAAAUCCUAGGUACUAUGAAGAGCCCGUGGACUUUAUAUGACGACCCCGCCGCACUCGACAUGGCGGCGGACGCGCUCGAAGGGUUCUUGGAUGGGCCCGGGGCACUGCGGGCCUGGCUGCGAGAUCUCCCGGCAGCGCUGAAGACGCAGCGCGUCGGGGGAGGCGUCCCCUUGUCGGCCGACUCGAGCCGCCUGGAUAUCGAGAUAUUUGCGCCGGUAUGGUUGCAGCGCCAGCGGUUGCUCCUCGAGCUCCUCUACCACAACUUCAUGAUCAAUUUGCACCGGCCGUUCAUUGCUUUUCCCGCCACGUCCUUGCCGGGGUCGGAGUCUUCUGUCGGCCGCAGUCCGGAUGCCACGCCGGCACUAGUACCCGGGCCACUCGCCACGGCCCACGCGUUGACAGCUGCUCGCCACGGGAUCGCCAUAACAACCGUCAUACAUCAAACCGUUGUCGAGAAGGACUUGCUCGCCGGAUGGCUCGAAGCUUUCCAGCAACAGUGGAACGCUGCCAUCACCAUGGUUGGCUUUCUCUUGGCUUUCCCCGGGAGUCCGGUCGCACCCCAUGUUCGCACCGCCCUCGCCACAGCCAUCGAGGUGUUUGAGGAAUUCGGCAAGCAUUUUGCCGUUGGUAGUAGCGCUGCGAAUGCCACACGUGAUUUGUUGUCCAAGAUCGAUUUGCUCCGCGGCGCGGGUAUAAUGGGCGAGCAGCAGCCAGUCCCGCAGUUUCAAGCCACGGCAGGCGCUGGUCAGGGGGCGGUAAUGGGACAGCUGUCAGGGAUGGGCGCCGAGGCGCAAACGGCGGCGUUUAUUCCGGCGGCUGCUAUCGCGACGAAUUCAACUUCUUCAGCGGGGCCCGACUAUUCUCAGCCGUCCGCCUUCAUACCCGACAUAAGUGAUGAGGAGAUGGCAGCAGCGGUGCGGGAUAUGCUGGCUGGGACGAUAGACAUGGUGUACUCGGCCGAUUCCUUCCCAUCAAUGGGUGGGCCGUUCCCCGGUGGCGCCCAAAUGGGUUGGGAGGGUUGGCCGCCGGGGUUUUACUAGCGUUGGCUUUGAAAACGGGCGGCACGGUGCAGUAUGGAGUGGCACUGAUGGAUUACCCUGCGGGUGUUGGUGAUACUCGUCGACACUUCCUACGCACCUGGCUUUAUUCGGUCACUGCCAGGAAUCCGUCAAGUUGAGGAUACGAAGCGACAGCCCUCGGCAAUUACGGACUACGACAUGAUACAAAACUACGUUGUGGGAUACAUUCGGAUACUGCUGCCGCGAAAAGGAGGUCCGAAAAGGCAGAACCUCAGUGACC